UUUCUGUGCUCAUGUAAUACAGCCCUAGAUAGUGCAGCCAAUGAACCGUUGCAAUAUGUAUGACGUGUACACUACUUACACCGAAGUCAUCGGAUGGGACUGAUCCUUGUCAAUACUGAGAUCUAGUUGCGAUCCCUGAUAUAUGCCUAUUUGAUUUCGUCAGGUUUUAUAUUUCCAAGUUAUAAAUAAGUUGUAAAAAUGGGUUGUACAUGUACCAAGGAACGGAUAACAGUUGGAGGAAGGCGAUUUUAUAUAAUUAAACGACUUGGAGAAGGCGGGUUCAGUGUUGUGGACCAAGUGGAAGACGGAGCCGGGGAUAAGUUUGCUCUGAAGCGGAUUCAGUGCCACGGGGCUGAAGAUGAAAGACAGGCGAAGAAGGAGGCUGAAUAUCAUUGUCAAUUCAAACAUAAGAACCUCAUUGGGCUAGAGGAAUGGGGCUCGGUGAAAGGAAAGGAAGGCCUCACAGAAGUUCUUUUGGUCUUGCCAUUGUUCAAGAGAGGAACACUACAAGAUGAGCUGGAUAAGAUGAAAGCCAAUGGCAGUCACAUGCCUGAAGACAGAAUCUGGAGGAUAUUCAGAGGCAUAUGUGAAGGGAUCAAGGCAUUACACUCAGCCAAACCCAAGCCAUUAGCACACAGAGAUAUGAAGCCAGGUAAUGUGAUGUUAUCUGAGGAUGAUGCACCUGUCAUAAUGGAUUUUGGCUCAAUGGGCGAAGCAAGAAUAGAGGUCAAAGGUCGAUCUGAGGCAUGUGCUCUACAGGAUCUUGCAGCUGAAAAGUGCAGUAUGCUAUUCAGAGCUCCAGAACUUUUCCAUGUUGAUAGCCAUUGCAUUGUGGAUGAAAAAGUAGAUAUCUGGUCUCUUGGCUGUGUUCUCUUCAACAUGGCGUUUCUUCACUCACCGUUUGAACCUAUCUAUGCCAGAGGGGAUAGUAUUCAUUUAGCAGUACUCAGCAGGAGUUUCAAGUUUCCUGAAAAUUCAAGGUAUUCCCAAGGUCUCCUGGAUGCUAUAUCAGGCAUGCUGGUGGUAGAAGCCCUGGAGAGGCCACACAUUGACUGGGUCCUGAACAAGGCCAACGAGGGACAACUCAACAUGGAGAAUAGAAUAUAGACUCCUGGGACUAGUCUCGGUUCCAAUCUGAGGAUUUGCUGACUUCCUGCUGUGGUACGUGGUCUCAGAUAAGCUAAUGAAGGAUGACACAGCUUGAGACUUGUGGGAUUACAGGUUUUGCCUUUAUAGUUUACCCAGCUGGCUGUCACUAGACGGGGUCCUAAACAGGGCCCCCUGAUCGACAACACAAGUAUAGGCCUGUGGGACGACAUAAUUUCACUUCUCUAGUUGACUCAGCUGGUUGUCAUGAAUAGUGAGGGUCCUAAACAAAGCCCCUGAAGGACUGCACCAUGUAGAAGAUGGAAUAGGUUCCUGUGUAGUCAACUGGCUGUCAUUGUGCAGGGCUUACGAAGCGAAGAUAGCAAGAAGUAAUGAUACAGGAUCAGAGAUAUCUCUGUUAUGUCGAUUUCUGAUGCCAUUCAAUGUUGAAAGAAGGGUAGUUGACGUGGAGAAACAAGUGGAGACCUAAGGUAUUUUGUGUAUUCUGAGUUUCUGCAAGUGUUUAAUACUGUUAGAUAAGCUGACUCUUCUGCAUGGAAAGGCGAUUUGAUCUAAUGGACUUCUUGAAGUUUUAAGAUCAUCUAGGAUAGAGCGGUAGGGUUUAAAGGAAGGAGGUAAAAUGAGAGGAACUACUGAAGAGGGAGAACAGAGUCAGUGAAAAUAGUCUCUUGUCUGACAAGCAGGCUACCUACCAUCAAUUGCAUGGAACCACAGGCCACCUUUGUGUGUAAUUCCAUACUCUUCUAGUUACUGUGCAGGUUUAGAUAUAUCAUUGGGUUAAAAAAAAAGUGAUAUUGACACACCAGUAUAAUGCAUAAGACUUUGUAUCAAAAUAUAUAUGGUCUUGUCAUUGUAGUGAAUUCCAAUUUGGUCAUUGUUUCAUUGUUCACUAAUCUGCAGAUUUAUGCAUAUCGUAUGUAGGUGUGGCAUAGGAAGAUUGGGUAGUGUCUGACAAUGAGAGAUGUUAACCAUGCUUUGGGCCAUGCUGUGAGAUGUCUAAGCAUUGAAAAGACUUACAGUUCAUGGAGAUCGCUAGGGUUUUUUUUUUUUUGGUCAUUAGCAAUGCAGUAUGCUGCAGAAAAAAAAUGGAAGAUAAUAGAUGUUAGGUUCCGGUAGAUAUGUAAUGUGCAAUUUGUAUGCAUGAAGAGGAGAGCUCAUAUUCCAAGAUCAGGUUUAACUUGAUAGACCGUUGUCUAACCCUUUGCUAAAAUUAUGUGAAGCCCAAAAUGUCAAGUUUUGUUUACAUCGUAAGUUUCUUAUGUUUACUGUGCUCUUUCCUUAUUCUUUUAUGGUUAAGACAACUCUCUUAUUUAUCCUUGCCAGACAGUACAGAUUGAUUAAGAGUCAAAUGAGCUAAUACAUUAUACCUCUACUGUUAGCAAUUUAUGUCAGAAUUGGCUAUCCAUAGCUAAACCACGAAUUAAUACCAUAAUUUAAAUUCAUCCAGAGAUCAGAAUGCGGUAAAAUGGGUUUAAAGAAAAAGUUGCAACUCCUUAAUAGUUGAAGGGAGUGAGUACUGUGUAUGAAAUUGGAGCAACUCAACUUUAAAAAACAUAUUUCUUUGCUGGAGAUUGUCGUGUCUCGCGAUGAGUGAUUAGUAAUUUCACAGGUAGAUAACCUCCAUAUGUAAAAUGGCAGAUGCAGGUCAGAGUCUAGGCCUCCAUACCCUGAGGAAAAUAUGUGAAAAUGUUGGAAAAAGACAAUAUUAUUAAAAGCAUGUGAAAAAAUUGAGUCCCCACCUUUGGUAGCAAGAGGAGGGGGAAGGGUGAAUGGAAUGAUAAUCUUUUUUGAAACUUGUCACAGAAUUUUGGGAGAGAAAAGUGAUGCAACAAAGCACCCUCCACAAUUUCCUUGGGGGUGCUGUGUAUAUUAUUCUCCAUAGGCAGCACCACCAGGUACAUGUAUUCUGCAAGUUGGUGAAAAUUGAAAAAUGUGACCAAA